UUUGCUUCGCCCGUAUAAUAUUAAAACACCCUCCCCUCCCCGACUCUUUCUCGUCCUCGCCAUGCUCGCUGCACGCGCAUCGGCCGCCCGCAACGCAUCGCGCGCAGCCCGCUCAUUCGCCACCGUCGUCGACGCACAGGGCGUCAAGCUCGCAGCUGCCGACAACGGCCAGCCCACCUCGGCCGUCACAUUCCUCCUCAAGGCCGGCAGCAGAUACGAGACCAAGCCCGGUGCCGCCCAUGUCCUCAAAAACUUUGCUUUCAGGUCGGCAGGCUCGCGCUCGGCUCUUGGAACAGUUCGGGAAGCGGAGCUUUACGGAGGUGUCCUCACCUCCUCCCUCUCGCGCGAGCAUAUCGCGCUGACGGCUGAGUUCCUUCGUGGUGAUGAGCAGAUCUUCGUUGACCUCCUUGCUUCCACCCUCACCUCGAGCAAGUUCCUUGGCCACGAGUUCUCGGAAUACGUCGCCCCCGUCGUCGCUUCCGAGAGCACCCUCGCAUCUGUCAACCCGGCUACACGUGCUAUUGAGCUCGCCCACUCCCUGGCCUUCCGCAAUGGCCUUGGCUCCCCCCUCUUCGCGCCUGAGCACAGCGACCUCACCGUCGAUGACGUGCGCGCAUACGCGGCGUCCGCCUUUGCCAAGGGCAAUCUCGCCGUCGUGGGCACUGGCAUCGACGCCUCUACCCUCCAGGCGCUCCUCGACAAGCACCUCUCUGGUGCUUCCGCCGGUGCUGCUGCCUCCUCACCCGCAUCAAGCUAUUUCGGCGGUGAGACGCGUGUCGACUCGCACAGCGGCCCGCAGACCGUGUUCAUCGGCUACGGCGUCUCUGGCCAGCCCAGCCCCGCUCUCUCCGUCCUCGCCGCACACCUGAGCACGACGCCGUCCGUCAAGUGGUCCAAGGGCCUCUCGCCGCUCGCGGCUGCGCUCCCCGAGGGCGCGUCGGUGCAGACCGUCCUCUUCCCCUACUCGGACGCGACGCUCUUUGGCUUCCUCGUCCAGGGCGCCACCGGCCAGCAGGUGAAGGAGGCGGCGAAGGCGGUGACCCAGGCGCUCAAGGACGCGAAGAACGUCAAGGGCGAGGACGUGAAAAAGGCGGUUGCUAAGGCUAAGUUCUCUGCUGCCUCGGCACUGGACGCACGGGAGACCAUCGUUGAGGCUGUCAGCCAGAAGAUCUUCUCUUCCUCCGACCUCUCCGCUGAGUCGGCCCUUUCGGCGCUCGACAAGGUCAACGAGUCUGAGCUUGCUAAGGCUGUUUCCUCGCUUACCAGCGCAAAGCCCACUUACGUCGCCAUUGGUGACAUUCGCUCCCUGCCAUACUCUGAUGAGGUUGGCCUCUAAAUCUGUAGUAGACGUAGUGAUAGACGAUAGAUUUUCCUAUCAUAACUUACAUCUCCGCCAAUAAGAACGUUUAUUGAGCUUCC